CCGCCCUCAAGAAGAGGGGCUACGACAUCACCCGCAACCCGCACCUCAACAAGGGGAUGGCCUUUACACUUGAAGAGAGGCUGCAGCUUGGGAUUCAUGGUCUGCUUCCUCCAUGCUUCUUGAGCCAAGAUGUUCAAGUUCUCCGUGUCAUGAAAACCUAUGAGACCAAAUCCAGUGAUCUAGAUAAAUACAUUGUCCUUAUGACAUUACAAGACAGAAACGAGAAGCUUUUUUACCGAGUUCUGACAUCAGACAUCGAGAGAUUCAUGCCCAUAGUUUAUACUCCGACAGUUGGCCUGGCCUGUCAGCAGUAUGGCCUGGCUUUCAGAAGACCACGUGGGCUGUUUAUCACCAUUCAUGACAAAGGCCAUAUUGCAACCAUGCUCAACUCCUGGCCAGAAGAAGAUAUAAAGGCUGUUGUGGUGACUGAUGGAGAGAGAAUUUUGGGCCUCGGAGAUCUGGGCAGCUACGGCAUGGGAAUCCCAGUGGGGAAGCUCGCCUUGUACACGGCCUGCAGUGGCGUUCACCCACAACAGUGUCUCCCUGUCCUGCUUGAUGUUGGCACAGACAAUGAGGCUCUCCUGAAUGAUCCACUUUACAUUGGACUGAAGCACAAGCGGGUACGUGGGAAACAAUAUGACGAGCUGAUUGAUGAGUUUAUGCAAGCAGUUGCUAACAAGUAUGGAAUGAACUGUUUAAUCCAGUUUGAAGAUUUUGCCAAUGCCAAUGCUUUCCGUCUCCUCAACAAAUACCGCAGCAGAUAUUGUACAUUCAAUGAUGACAUUCAGGGUACCGCCUCUGUUGCAGUAGCUGGCAUCUUUGCAGCCUUAAGAAUCACGAAGAACAAACUAUCCAACCACAAAUUUGUUUUCCAGGGAGCUGGAGAGGCUGCGAUGGGCAUAGCUUAUCUCAUCAUUAUGGCCAUGGAAAAGGAAGGCAUUUCCCAAGAGGAAGCCAUCAAAAAAAUCUGGAUGGUGGACUCCAAAGGCCUGAUUGUCAAGGGGAGGAGUCACCUGAACCAUGAGAAAGAAAUGUUUGCUCAAGAUCAUCCCAACGUGAAAACACUAGAGGAGGUUGUGCAAAGAGUGAAGCCAACAGCUAUUAUAGGUGUGGCAGCCAUUGCAGGGGCUUUCACUGAACAGAUUUUGAAGGACAUGGCAGCUUUCAAUGAGAGGCCCAUCGUAUUUGCCUUAAGCAACCCCACAAGUAAAGCAGAGUGCACAGCUGAGCAGUGCUACCGCCUCACAGAGGGCCGAGGUAUAUUUGCAAGUGGGAGUCCUUUCCCUAAAGUGACCCUGCCCAAUGGACAGACCUUCUUCCCCGGCCAAGGAAACAAUGCCUAUGUGUUCCCGGGAGUGGCACUGGGAGUCAUCGCCUGUGGGGUCCGGCAUAUCUCUGAUGAUCUCUUCCUCACCACUGCAGAGUCUAUUGCUGAAGAAGUCACAGAAGAGCACCUGGCUGAAGGGAGAUUAUAUCCGCCCUUGAGUACCAUCAGAGAUGUGUCCUUCAAAAUUGCUGUUAAGAUUGUUGACUACGCCUACAAACAUAAUCUUGCUUCUUGGUACCCAGAACCCGAAGACAAGGAAGCCUUUGUCAGGAACCUGAUCUACAGCCCAGAUUAUGAAUCAUUUGUCAUUGAUAACUACAGAUGGCCCCAAGAUGCCAUGCAGAUUCAAGCUGUGUAGUUUCUAGUAAACUCUGAGCCGUAACUGCCCAUGGUUCUUUCUAGCCUAGUGUUAUAAAUGAAUAUUGAAGCUUGCAAAAUCUUAACCUGUAAAUUGAUUCAAGCACUUUCUUACUCCAGCUGCCUUUUUCCUUUGUGAACACCUGAAUAGGGAAAAGCAGAGUCAACAGAAGGUUCUCAGUACUCCAGUGGCAGGGACAUAACAUGCCCAUGCCUUACUCCUAUAGAUCGUGCAGUGCCAAUUUCCCAUUGAUUUAAAGCACUCCUUCACCUCAAGUGAACAGCAGUUUCCUCUCCACAGCAUUUUGCUUUUGGACAGAAACAAAUAGUAGAUGAUAUAUUCUAGAAUAGCAAGGAUACAGUGAAACAUAAUGCCUCAGGAACUGGAUGGGGUCCUUUCUUCCCCAAAGAGGUUUGAUUGCUCCAACCUAUGUAGUUGUUCACUGAUUUCUACUUAAAAA